AUGGCUGCGACAACAUCAACUGGUUUAAUAAGUGGUAAUAUUGGACAGUCAUCAUAUCGUAUUUCACGUGUGGUACAUCUUCGAAAUAUACCAUCCGAUAUGACUGAUUUAGAAUUAAUUCAUUUUUGUAUGCCUUAUGGAAAGCUUAUUAAUUAUUUAUUACUUAAAGGAAGAAAUCAGGCAUUUGUGGAAUAUGAAGAUGAACGAAGUGCCCAAACUUUAGUUACAGUAAAUAUAGCAUGUCCAGUAGCUAUCCGUGACAGGACAAUAUUUUGUCAGUUUUCCACUCAUCAAGAAUUGAAAACCAAUCGUCGUCUUCGUGCUGAUAGCAAUUGUUCUAAUCUUAUCAUUGAUCAAGAUGAUAAUGAGGUUUGUUUACAUCUAAAUGCAUUUCUUUUUUGCUCCUAA